GCGCGCAUGAGACUGACUUGUCAUGCUCUUCCUCAUGCCGCCAUAACUCCUGGAACACGCUCGGCCCUAUUCGGAUUUUUCACCUCGCCGGCAGCUAACAUGAUCCAAUUUGUUUAUGCUUGUUGUUUCUCUUUGCUUACAGCACUUGCAACACUCACUGUAUUGUGGACGAUGACUGACUCUUCUUAUAUUCAGUGAGGUUUUUUCACCAUUCUCACCUGGGUCUGUGCUGUUCUCUGAGCCCUCAGAAGAGGAUCAGUGGUCACGGCCUGUGCCUUCACAUCUCCCUCCCACGCCGGAAUCUGAUUGUUUCCUUUCCGAUUUCUGCCAGGAUUUAAACCCGGAAAUGAGCCGCGACAUGAGCCUCCCAUAUGACUGGACCCCGACCACAUCGUCAGAGGACACAUGGACCACCACAUCUGCACCUGUAGAACGGAAUACCAUGCCCUACGAGACUUCUCUGUGGCCCACUUCCGGAUAUGCUGCCUACCAGGACUUGCCUUCAUCGGAUGACGCCGCAUGGUAUCCCGCCGUUCAUGGAUCUGUAGUAGGCUUGUCGCCUGUUCUGAGUCAAAUGAGCCAGAACUCGCACACCCUUCAUUUCUUUCCCGAAUUGGAUACCUUCCCCACCGGACAUAAAGUGGACCAUUUCCCUCUGCCAAGUGAGGCCCAUCAGUGGAACUUAUCGGACGGCCUUGCUCUUGGAAGUUUCUUGACCCCGGAUGCGUGCUCGUCUUUGUCCCAAGGCCUGCCUUCGUCCGAGACCACAUUUCCUGAUCUCUCCGUGGACUCUCCAGCGCUCUGCGCCGUGCAGCAGCCGCUGCUCUUGUUUCCUGAUGGCCAGUCUUGUGAAUCCCGGAGAUCUUUCUCCGAACCAAAUGUUGGCCACGGACGCCGCCUUUUGCCCAGGACACCUCAGGCCCUACCGAUGUCGCGUUCACAGUCCAGCUCACAAUAUCGCGCUAUCCAGCCGCAUUCAGUGGUCGCCUCCUCCACAUUUGCUGAGACCGAGGGUAACAUUCCGGUGCUGCCGAAAGCUCCAGCGUCUCGGGGAGCGACCCUCUCAGAGCCUCUCGCUGCUUCCGUGUGCCGGCCGACAGCUACUUCCGAGGUAGCUUAUGCUCAGGAUCAAUUGUCAGGCCCAGAGGUGUCGUCUGCCAUUAAUUCUGGUCUUCCGGCCGUUUAUCUGCAAACUGCGGACUUCGAGGACUACCGAUAUCACGGUGAAUUCGACCAAACUUGUGCACAGCCGACAAGGUAAGAACGCAGAACGAAUCAGUCGAAGCAACGCCAGACACUGACCAUACCAAAGCCAUAUCUUUGCAUACAAUCUUCCCCAGACUUACCCGAUGAGCAUCUCGGCGGGCAGUGCACAAUCUACCUGUCGCCUUAAUGUUACCACAACAAGCCUAUCUACGGAGGGUGACGAAGGUCGC